CCAAAAAUUAACAAGUGCGAGUGUCGGUCAUCAAGCAAUCCCGUAUUAAAAGUUGAAUUUUUCCAUCAAAUACUUGCCAAAAGUGACAAUUUCGGCAUUUGUUCGUGAAAUCAUAGCAUGUUGCAGUAAUUAAACGAUCAGAACUGAUAUUCAAUGCCAUAUAUUCUGAUACGAGGAAAUUUAUCUUCCUAUAGCCACAAAUAUCCGUUUCGUGUGUUAGUGUCUGGGCUAAAAGCCGCUGAUAUCGAACAACUGAACCGCUUUCCAUGCGGUGGUUACUCUGACGAAUCGACUAUUGUUUAUUUGCAGCAUCCGUGCAUUAUUCUUUCUGCUUUAGAGGUUUUGGGAUAUCGUGUAGUUGCAAGUAGUUCAACGGCAGUAAAGCAGGACUACAAUGAGUACAUGUGGACUAUGAGAAAGGAGUUUAACGAGCCAGAUCCCUUUUACAGCGAAACGUCAUCGGCAAUUAUCGAACGCGACAACUUAGCAAAUAGCGGGCGCGAAGACGGCUUGAACAAAAUCGACGUUCCCGAAUAAACCAGAAAUCUCAAUGGAAUCAUCUAGUUCACCGCCACAAACGAUAGCGACGCAAACCAAUCAAAUUCACAGUUCCACGACACCCACGCAAACCGUAUCCAGUCAAAUUUCCGUAAACGCGCAAUCCGCAGCUGCUGCUGCGCCCAAC